UGUCGACGCAAUAAUUUUUAUUCUGCAAGAGCGAACGCAGAAGAAGGAGACGUUGUGGACGUUGUGGUUGGUGGGACGACGACGAAGAAGGAGAAGGCAACGUGGUGUACGAGUGUGUUUGUGGUCGAAGCGGGUGACGUGAGUGCGUUGAUCAGUGUCUACUAGCCUCCUGCCUGUGGUGGUGCGUGUGUGUGUGUGAGACGCAAGGAUGGCCAACCGCACAGUGAAGGACGCACGGUCUGUGCAUGGCACAAACCCGCAGUUUAUCGUUGACAAGAUCAUUCGCAGCCGCAUCUAUGAAACUUUGUAUUGGAAAGAGCAGUGCUUUGCUCUCACAGCGGAGACGGUGAUCGAAAAGGCGGUGGAACUGACAUAUGUUGGCGGCGUGUAUGGCGGCAACAUUCGACCCACGCCGUUCCUCUGCCUCACACUCAAGCUGCUGCAGCUUCAGCCAGACAAAGACAUCAUCAUCGAGUACAUCAAGAACGAGGACUUCAAGUACCUCAGGGCACUGGGCGCAUUCUACCUGCGACUGGUCGGCACUUCGAUGGAUUGCUACCGGUACAUUGAGCCGCUGCUGAACGAUUACCGCAAGCUCAAACGCAUGAGCAGAAAUGGAGUGAUGGAGCUGACGCACAUGGACGAAUUCGUUGACGAGCUUCUUCGAGAGGACCGCGUGUGUGAUAUUGGCCUCCCUCGUAUCCAGAAGCGGUAUGCGCUUGAGGUGAACGACGAGCUUGAGCCGCGGCGCUCGCUGCUCGAGGACGAACUCGACGACUUUGAGGGCGAGCUGCAGGCAGCAGCAGCAGCAGGAACAGGAGGAGGAGGAGAAGAAGACACAACCGGUAGUGGGGGUGGUGAUGGUGGUGACGCGCAGAAGCGAAAGGCAGAGGAGGACGAGGAAGAGGGCGAAGAGGACGAGGAAGAGGGCAGGACCGGUGGUGAUGGCAGCGGUGAUGAGAGUGAUCGUCAUCAUCAUCGCCGCCGAUCACCAUCGCGUUCCCCGAGACGCAGCCGCAGCCGCAGCCACAGCCGCAGCAGGGAGCGCGGCGGCCGGCAUCGCAGCAGAAGCAGCAGCAGAGGUCGUGAUCGUGAUCGUGAUCGUGAUCGUGAUCGUGAUCGUGAUCGUGAUCGUGAUCGUGAUCGUGAUCGUGAUCGUGAUCGUGAUCGUGAUCGUGAUCGUGAUCGGUCUGGGCGCAGCGACAGCCGGACGAGGAGGCGACACCGCAGCCGCAGCCGAAGUCAUGAUCAUGACGACUACGACGACCGUGAUCGAUACAGCCGCCGCUACCAUCGUGAUCGUGACCGUGACAGGCGCUCACGCCGCCACGAUGAUGACGACUACGAUGACCGCCGCCGUCACCGUCGCCACCGUGACUCGCGCGAUCGCAGCAUUUCGCCGUCAGAUCGCACACGCACACGCAGACGCAGCAGGAGCAGGAGCAGGAGCCGGGACAGGGGGCGCAGGUACGGUCGUGAGCGCUACAGCCGUGGGGAGCGCGAUGGGAGCAGAGAACGGGAGAGUGAACGACGUCGAUCACGGUCGCCGUCGCCUUCACGGCGUGAUGGUGGUGAUGAUGAGAGAGAGAGGAGGGUUGUGGAGAGUGAGCGCCGCACUCGUGAUGAAGAAACAGCACCGUCAUCGUCGUCAUCCGCUCGCAAACCGGCUGAGAGCAGCGCAUCCUCCGGUGGCUCUGGAUCGCACCGCCUGCGGUUUAAAGGGCAGAAGGACUCAAAGAAGAAGAAAAAGAAGAAGCGUGACAAGGACAGCGAGGCGGAAGGCAGCAAGGACACCGCAAAGACACCCGAGGACGAAAUUGCAGAGAUGAACGCACUCCGCGCAAAACUGGGCAUGGCUCCUCUCAAGUAGCUCGCUUGCGCAGAUGUUCAUGUCUUUGUGUUAGUGUGUGUGUGUGUGUGUGUGUGUCUGUCUGUCUGUCUGUCUGUCUGUC